AUUGAAUUACAUUUCAAAUUUGACAACAGACAUAGAAUAAUAGUAUAUUUUCGGAGAACUUAUUUUUUAGAACAUUUUCCGUAGUUUCAAAUAAAUUCGUUUUCUUAAGCUUUACAAGAUACCAUGUCAACAGAAUUGAAUUUUCGACAACUCAUCGAUCUGGCUAUCGGUUCGCCGGAGCCGGGACAUGUAAAUUUUUACGCGCUGCAUUUUUUACUUUUUUCAUUCGCCGAAAAGCUGAAUCUAAUCGACGAACCAGUGGACUAUACGAAGUACGAAAAUGUUUCGAUAGUUAUGAGCAGUGGCAAGUUCGGUAGUGAUACCACUUUUGCGCAUGUUAAAGGCGCCUCCCCGCGUCAUGCCAACGAAUUGGCAAAGCCAUUAGCGGCGUAUAGUCGAAAACUGAUGAGACGCAAUCGUAGAAGAGAGACAGGUGGUGCAGAUCCGGAGGAUACUGUAACAGCGGAUGAAACAGAAAUUGAAGAGGCAGAAGAUGGUGAAGCUGGUGAGGGUGGUGAAGGCGUUGAGGAAGUGCAAGUAAUUCAGGAAGAAACUAUACAAGAAGCAGAGGAAGGAGCUCAGUUAGAGCCCCCACCUGAACCAACGGUGGCUGCGCAACCAUCGCCAAAACGCUCACUUGAAAAACCAGUAGAGCCAGAAAGUGUACCGACAGUGAUCGAGCAACCGCUCGAAGUUAAAACUUCGGCUGAAGAACUCGAACUGGCUAUACAAAUGGAUCAUCAACAGUUACCGUCUUCGAUCUAUCGUGGUCUUGCCAUUAUGAAGGAUCAACUUGAAUUGGUAAUGGAAAUGAUGCGUCUUGUUGCUGCUGCUACAGUGCAGAAAAGAGCCACACCUAUGCAAGUGGAACAAUUACAAUCGUUGGCAAAGAAAAUGAUUGCGAUACAGAAGGAAAACACAUAUAUAGAAAACGCAUACGGCUUUCGGCUGGAUGAUGCCUAUUUCGAUCCCGAAUUAGACCGUCUAGAAGAUGGUGUUGAAGAUGAAGAAGCUGAGGAGGAAAGUAUGCACAGCGAUCCCUCCUAUAAGUCACCGUUAACAUCACACAUAACGGUACAACCAGUAACACGACCACAAGAGGAGUACGAUUUAGAUGGCCAUCUCUGCUACUCACCCGACAAGCUGCUUGAUCAACUGAUGGAUCUCAAGUCAGAGUUCUGUAUGCUUACGAAUAAGGUCAAUGAAAUUACUGCCACAAUACUCGAACAGGAUUGCCAACGCACCACACGGCUCAUUUCCGAUCUGCAGGAACAAUUGAAAGAUCUGAAAUUUUAUGUGUCCAGUUUAAAAGAGGCUAGCGAUCGCAUGGAAUCGAAAAACAUUAAUUACAGUGAAACCAUUGAUGAGCUCACCAAGACUAUUGAUGAAGUAAUGAAUGAUAAGAUCGAUAAAAGUGAAAUUGAGAUACUGCUAGCUAAUAAAGUCGACUACAAUCAAUUGCAACGCAAAGUCUCUAACGAGCAGAUGCAAGAGUUCCAAUGCCGUUUGGAUAAGAAAUUCAUCGAGAUGCAAAAUCAAAUCAAAACCAAUGAUAAGAAUAUGUACCAAGCCAUGGAUAAUAUAAGAAUAACGCUCGGCUUGGCAUCGGUGGAUGACAUACUGAACAGCUUUAAGGAGAAGAUAGAGUCGCAAAUACAUGCGCUACAGGAGACACUGCGCAAGUAUAUGGAUGCCACGAAUGAUGAGUGUGCCGCUGCGGGUGCACGCAUAAAAGUGCUGCAGGAUCUCGCUUGCAUCUCCUGCGACACGACAUGUGUUAUGCGUACGAUGGAGAAAUCGAAAGUGGCGAAAUUACCGAAUGCGCACGCUUCGAAUCUAUUGAGUCCACUUAUCACUUACGAAAUCGGUUCAAUACGCAAGUCUGGCAUUAUGGGCUACUAUCGCAAGGAUGAUUUUCCACAUGCGCCGAACGCCUGGCUCAACCAGCAGAAGGUUUCGAUGCGUAUGUGUGUGCCGCGUCAUGCGGGCGGCGCUCACACAACGCACACAGCCAAAGAACACUUCGAGAAAGUGGUGAUCAGUAAGAAAUAGGACUUUCUUGUUGGGUACGCUAGCCCGUUGCAGUUUUUUCCCCUUAAAAGGAUUUUGGAAUAUUUUUGUCGUCGAUACUCAGCUUAUCUAAAUUUAUAUGUUAUAGUAUAAAGGGAUUUCAAUAUUCAAUAUUUUAUGUAUUUUCGGAUUAUUUCCUUUACUAACUAAAAUUUGUUCGAGCAGAAUAAAUGUAUGGAUUUGGGAUUGACACUUGAAAAUUGA